CGUACUUCCCCCGUAGCUUUUCUGCCUAGGGAGUCUCUGCAUUUUACCACACCCACCCUCUUCUGCGCAGCCUGCCGUGACUCCGCCCCGACAGUGCUCUGUUUUCCUCUGGCCUCGAGCCUGGCCACGCCCUUCACCCGGAUCCGUGUGACGUCACCGAGACCUACGCGCUGCGCACGGCCGAGAGUUGACGGACGGUCCCUGGUGUGGUGCCGUACACCCCAGGACCGCGCAAGAGGCUUUCCAGGGCGGCCGCGAUGUCGAGCCCGCGGCGGGUCAGUCGGCUCCUGGAUCUAUUCUUUAUAUGUAUACAUUCUUCUGUCUAACUUUCCUCUAAAGAGACACCAUCAUUUUUCUGCUGGGAGAUCAGGAACCAAGAAGCUUAAUGCGUGCACAAAUAGUUAUGUCUUUGGUGCUUCAUGGAGAAUAUUUCCAGAUACAUCACAGACAUUAAGCCUUUGCCUCCCAACAUAAAAGACAGGCUGAUUAAAAUAAUGAGCAUGCAGGGACGGAUAACAGAUUCGAAUAUAAAUGAGAUUUUACAUCCUGAAGUCCAAACUCUAGAUCUACAGAGUUGUGAUAUCUCUGAUACUGCUCUCCUGCACCUGUGUAACUGCAGAAAACUGAAGAAACUAAAUUUAAAUUCCUCAAAAGGAAGCAGAGUUUCCAUAACUUCAGAAGGAAUAAAAGCUGUGGCUUCAUCUUGUUCUUAUCUGCAAGAAGCUUCUCUGAAAAGGUGUCACAGCCUCACUGAUGAAGGAGUCCUCGCUCUCGCGCUCAACUGCCGGCUGCUCAAGAUCAUUGACUUAGGUGGCUGCCUCAGUAUUACCGAUGUGUCUCUGUGUGCAUUAGGAGAGAACUGCUCACUUUUGAAGUGUGUGGACUUUUCAGCUACACAGGUGUCAGACAGUGGUGUGGUUGCCCUCGUUAGUGGACCCUGUGCCAAGAAAUUAGAGGAGAUUCACAUGGGACACUGCGUUCACUUGACUGAUGAUGCUGUGGAGGCUGUUGUUACUUACUGUCCUCAGAUCCGGAUUCUGCUCUUCCAUGAAUGCCCACUGAUUACAGAUCAUUCUCGAGAAGUCCUGGAGCAACUGUCAGGCCCAAACAAACUGAAACAGGUGACAUGGACGGUGUACUGACACUCCGCACUGGGCAGAGCAGGCUGGAGAUCACUCCUUUCUAGUGACUUCACAGUUUCCACUGUCUUAGCUCAGCUGUAACUCUGGAAGGAAGCAGCUGAACCUUAGUGUAUACCUUUGUGCUUCAAAGUUACCCAGAUGCAAACACUUCAACGCUAUGAUGCGGUAUUUAUUUGAGAGAUCACAGCUCUUCCGCCGUGAACCCAACCAUGAACUCACAACUUUGGGCCAGAGGAGGCUGGUGUGGUUGCUGAAAUAAAAAAGUCUCAAUUUACGUUUUCCCUCAAAAUUUCCUUCACCUACGAGUAGGUAUUCGAACCGUUCUAAGAAACAUGUAGUUGUCUGGAUAAAUUUUAGGAGAAUUUUAAAGUCAUUUCUGAACAAUCUUCCGAGCCAUUUUGUGGCUCUCAUCUGCACCAAGUGUUUAAACGCCCAUCUGCCAAAAGCCAAGCUGGACGCAGAGCCUGGUGAUUCUUCAUCGGGUUUGUGUACCUGUGCUUCACUGAAAGACACAGCAACAGUGAAUAACACUAAACCUUAGUGUGUGGCAAGCACAUUAAACCUUCAUUACAGGG